AUGUUUGCGGCGUGGAUCAAGUACCACACUGACCACGGCGGCAAGCUCGACGCUGCCCACGAUAUUGGCGCCGGCUCCGGAACCGGCGCCGCCUUCCUCUCCCAGGUCUUCGCGCACACGUACGUGUCCGACCCCGGCGCCGCCAACAUCGCCGCCGCGCGCGCCCGCCUCCAACCCCCCGAAAAGUUCACCCCUGCACCAGGCGCCCGCUGA